CAUUUCCAUAUUUGAAAAAUGUGCCUUAGCUUAGGGACGUUGGUAGGAAAUCAGAAGAUGUCCCUUGUUGAGGUCUAAAGAUAGCAUUUUUCUGUUGAUGAAUACCCAUUACACAAAUAAUAAUAGCCUGCUGUUUUAUAUGUCAACUUACACCUGUAUCUGCACUUCCUGUACAUUAUCCCAUUAAUAAUGACAAAGAACUGUUUAAGUACUUGUAGAAAGAACCUUUCACAUUUUUUUCCAUAAAUGCAGUCUUUUCCUGAAACAAGACAAAUCACUUCUGCCCCACAGCCCUUUAGUAGGUUGGUUAAUUUUUUUCUUUUUCUGUCUAUUUCCUUCUCAGUCUGUUCUUGUUCUCACUGUCUUUGCAUAUUUGAAAUACUACCUAGAAAGGCAGAGAAAUUAAUUAUAUAUUUGCCCAAUUUGAAAGUGCUAUGGGAGCAAUGGAGAGGCAAAUACAAUUCUGACCUCACUGUGUCAGAAAUAAUGUACAAGUAGGAGGAGAAGGGACACUCUUGUAGUUAGGAGACUGGCUGAAGAUUUGAUUGAACUUUCAGGAAAGGAAAAAUGCUGAAUUUUUAAGGCUUAGCCAUCAAAUGGUGUAAAAAAGAAAGAUCAUGACUUUAUGCCCAUGUUUUUAAUGAACAAGAAUAGGAGAGCUGUCAGUGUUUGAAAAGGAAAACUUGAAAUUGUUAAAAGAAGAAAGGACUGGGUACAGUUAUCACAUGGUGCUUGUUACCAGAGGAGAUUGAAUCUAUAAGUGCAGUAGCAUUUUAAGAAAGAUGGUAGGAAUAUCCAGUUUUACAAUAAAAACUGAAAAAAUACACCAGUAACUAUAAACAGUUCUUUCUGUUCUUUCUGAGUCUGUAGUUUAAAUAACCUUUUACUGAUGUGAGGUAGGAAGAAAUCUUGCCCAUGGCUGUAAUGUUUUUAAUUACCUACUUAACAAUUUUCUCUGUUUGUGUCUGGAGCAGCUGGAACUGGUCAUGGUAGAGGAUAAUCCAUGCAGUCCAGAAAUCUACUGUGAGGUCCUCUGUCCUUAGUCAACAAUCUUGGUAACUCUUUUCACCUGCAGACACAAAUGAGACUACAUUUUAGCAACAGUCAGGGCUAAACUUUGCUUCUUUAAUAACCAACUUCUGUGAAACUCAUGUUUCUUGGAGUUGAGAGAUCAAUAGCAUCCUCUGUGUUCUGAGUAAUCUUGUAUCUUCAUGUACAACUUCCAGUAGCAAGAAUGAUUUUAUGACAGGAGAGAAGAUUUUAAUGAUGCUAUAAAACUUCUUUUCAGGUUUGGGUACUCACCCUAUUUUACAAGCUCUCGAGGAUAGAUUUAAAUGGUAAAAUUACUGUUCUUUGCACCCAUGCUCUGUGAUGACCUGUGCCCUGGACCUAGUGUUGCUCGUCUUUUCUUUUGGAAGACUUCACUGUGCUGCUAUGGCACCAAGCAUCACUUUUCCCCUUGUCAAGGCCGAAUUCAUCAAGCCAUGGUAACAUCCCUAAAUGAAGAUAAUGAAAGUGUAACCGUUGAAUGGAUUGAAAAUGGAGAUACUAAAGGGAAAGAGAUUGAUUUAGAGAGCAUAUUUUCACUUAACCCAGAUCUUGGACCUGAUGAAGAUAUUGAACCUAGCCCAGAGACACUACCACCGCCUGCUUCAUCAGCCAAAGUAAACAAAAUUGUGAAGAGUCGACGAACUGUGUUACCUUCUAAGAAUGACACUUCUGCCAGAGAUUCUAGAGUGGUUGGUUCUGCACGUGCACGACCUACUCAGCUUCCUGAGCAGUCGUCCUCCUCUCAGCAGAAUGGUAGUGUUUCAGAUAUAUCUCCAGUUCAAGCUGCAAAAAAGGAAUUUGGACCUCCUUCACGUAGAAAAUCUAACUGUGUAAAAGAGGUUGAAAAAUUGCAAGAGAAGCGUGAAAAAAGAAGGUUACAGCAGCAGGAACUUAGAGAAAAGAGAGCUCAGGAUGUUGAUGCUACAAACCCAAAUUAUGAAAUUAUGUGUAUGAUAAGAGAUUUCAGGGGAAGUUUGGAUUAUAGACCACUGACAACUGCAGAUCCAAUUGAUGAGCACAGGAUUUGUGUUUGUGUACGAAAACGACCACUCAAUAAAAAAGAAACUUUAAUGAAAGACCUUGAUGUAAUAACAAUUCCUAGUAAAGAUGUUGUGAUGGUACAUGAACCAAAACAAAAGGUGGAUUUAACAAGGUACCUAGAAAACCAAACUUUUCGUUUUGAUUAUGCCUUUGAUGACACGGCUCCUAAUGAAAUGGUUUACAGGUUUACAGCUCGACCAUUAGUGGAGACUAUAUUUGAAAGGGGAAUGGCCACUUGUUUUGCGUAUGGACAAACAGGCAGUGGGAAAACCCAUACUAUGGGUGGUGACUUUUCGGGAAAGAACCAAGAUUGUUCUAAAGGCAUAUAUGCACUUGCAGCUCGAGAUGUCUUUUUAAUGCUAAAGAAGCCAAACUAUAAGAAGUUAGAACUUCAAGUAUAUGCAACAUUUUUUGAGAUCUACAGUGGUAAGGUUUUUGACUUGUUGAACAGGAAGACAAAAUUAAGAGUGUUAGAAGAUGGUAAACAACAAGUCCAGGUGGUGGGAUUACAGGAGCGGGAAGUCAAAUGUGUUGAGGAUGUUCUUAAGCUUAUUGAAGUAGGCAACAGCUGCAGGACUUCUGGCCAAACAUCUGCAAAUGCACACUCAUCUCGAAGCCAUGCAGUGUUUCAGAUUAUUCUCAGAAGGAAAGGGAAAUUGCAUGGUAAAUUUUCUCUGAUUGAUUUGGCUGGCAAUGAAAGAGGAGCAGAUACUUCGAGUGCAGAUAGGCAAACGCGACUGGAAGGUGCAGAAAUUAACAAGAGCCUUUUAGCACUCAAGGAGUGCAUUAGAGCCUUAGGCCGAAAUAAACCUCAUACACCCUUCAGAGCAAGUAAACUUACUCAGGUGCUAAGAGAUUCAUUCAUUGGAGAAAACUCACGUACCUGCAUGAUUGCUACAAUUUCUCCAGGGAUGGCAUCAUGUGAAAACACUCUAAAUACACUGAGAUACGCGAACAGAGUAAAGGAAUUUGGAAUUAGUCCUUCGGACAUUCCCUUCUCACAGGGUAGUGGCAGUCGCUCUGAUCUCUCUCCUUCCUAUGAGUAUGACGACUUUUCUCCUUCAAACACCAGGGUGAAGGAGCUGACAGUUGAUCCUAGUGCCGCAGGAGAGAUCCGUUCCAUUAUACACCAUGCUCCCAAUCAGAUGGAUGACUUGGAGACACAGUGGGGUGUGGGAAGCUCUCCUCAGAGAGAUGAUCUGAAACUGCUUUGUGAACAAAACGAAGAAGAAGUUUCUCCGCAGUUGUUUAGUUUCCAUGAAGCCGUGUCACAAAUGGUAGAAAUGGAAGAGCAAGUAGUAGAAGACCACAGGACUGUCUUCCAGGAAUCCAUUCGAUGGUUGGAAGUUGAAAAACUACUUCUUGAGAUGACAGAAGAAGUAGACUAUGAUGUGGAUUCUUACGCUACUCAACUUGAAGCAAUUUUAGAGCAAAAAAUUGAUAUUCUGACCGAACUUAGAGACAAAGUGAAAUCUUUCCGGGCAGCUCUACAAGAAGAGGAACAGGCCAGUAAACAGAUCAACCCGAAAAGACCACGUGCCCUUUGAAAAGGGCCUCUGCUGCUAAAGGAAUUCACAAACCCCUACUGCUGUAGCACACAUUUGUUACAAAACCUAGUGACCGAGAGAACUCAACUACUUGAAAGUGUAAUAAUGUUAGAAAUAUUUGUGGAAAUGUCCUGUUUCUUAUUCACCUGAAUGACAUUUUCAGUUUUAUGUGAAAUGCUCCUAUGAUGUCUACAAAAUGCUUCUAGACCAGACAGCACAACCAUGCAGGGUUCAGAUCUGUGAAGCACUUUGUUUUAAAUAUUUCAUUUAUUCAAAUAGUGAAAUGUUUGGAAAUACUUGCCAUAUUUUUAAUAAAGCAAAGCUGUGGCCAUUAAAAAGUCACAGCACUUCCUUCUGACCAUGUUCAGUUUUAUGACAAAGACCAGCUGUGCAGUUUUGUGGCAUGCAUGCACACUUCACUAGUGGUUUUACGUAACUUCUCUUCCACAGACAGCUGUGCUUAACUCUUCCCAUUCUGUGCCUUGAUGAAGGCUACUUAACCCUAAAUACCUUGUUCUGAAGCACAGCCUAAAAAAUACAUUCCUUAUUUGUCAAUAUAAGUUACUUUAGUGUGUGUACAUUCUUGAUGUGUUUCCAGAAAACUUAUUUUUUGGUGGCUAGUUUCAUUUCACAGGAUGUGCCAUAUCAUUUGAAGAGGAACUGCAGGCUUUUAAGAGUGGAUGAACAGCUGGACAUUCCAUUUUUCUUGUAAAGAUCUGGAAUCUUGAUUUAUUUGAAUACCAUAAAGAAGGGUUAUAUGAUUUCAACAUUUGAUCUGUAACAAUUAAAAAAAAAACAAAAAAAACCAACAAAUCAACAAAAAAACCAGAAAAAUAUAAGUCAGUUGAUGUAUAUUAAAGGUAAUGUUUUAAGUACUGAGGAGAGUUGUAUCUUAGGAUAAUGCAGAUAAUAUGAUAUGUGGUAUGGUGUGAUAAUGCUAUGUAUGGAUAAGUUAACUAUCAAACUUUGGGGAUAAAUAUGUCCAUACUGGCCUUUCACAUACUGUUUUAAAAACUUGGAUUUUAAUGCAUGACAAAGUUACAUGUACAUUAACCGUAGUUUGCAGGUAGCUUGAGUAGUUCUGUUGCUUUAAGAAGUAGGUAGCUAAUACCUAUUUUUCCCUUUGUACAGUGCCAGCAGCUGAAAAGUGAGGUGAAAUUGCAUCAUUUGACGAUUUUGCACAAUACCUCUACCUAGCGCUAAUAGCAAUCCCACAAAUACCUGAAAUCUCACAAAUGGCGCCAUGUGUAUCAGCACUUUUUAGGUGGUGGCACUCAAGUUAUUUUUGCAAGUCAGUAUCCAAAAACGAUUGACCUUUCAUGUAAGAACUUAUUGUCAAAUGAAGAAAUGUAGACCUCUCUAGCAGGUCUCCCUCUUUCCAGGAGUUUUGUAUCAGCAGACUUUCCCUUGGAAAUGUUUAAAGAUUACUUUUGGAAUACAAGCCUGUUUGUUUGUGCCAGGCCUGGAAGUGGGGAAUAAGGGGAAGGCAAUGAAAAGAGAGUUAAAUGAGCCAGAACUUCUUGUAGUGUUUAAUGUUUGUAUCUCCCAUAGAAAGGUAGGCUAUGGGAAGCUCUUGUCGCAUCAUGGUUAAAAAUAAAAAAUCCUCCUGUGUGUAAACAUGACAACUGAAACAAUGUAGAUUUUACAUAAUGUGCUUAAUAAAUUAACAUAUUAAAUGAA